UUUUCCUUCUUUGUAUUAAUUUAUUAUCCAACAACAACAAAAAAAAAAUUAAUACUCUCUAUACUCUAUACAAAAUUAGUUUUAAUAUAAAACCUCUCUAUCCCUAUAUGGGUUUAAGAGAUAUUGGUGCAACACUUCCUCCUGGAUUUAGAUUCUAUCCAAGUGAUGAAGAAUUAGUUUGCCAUUAUCUCUUCAAGAAAAUUGCUAAUGAAGAUGUUCUUAAAGGUACUUUAAUCGAAAUCGAUCUUCAUACAUGUGAACCAUGGCAACUUCCUGAGGUGGCAAAGCUGAACUCAAGCGAAUGGUACUUCUUCAGUUUUCGAGAUCGAAAAUACGCUACUGGUUUUCGUACAAAUCGGGCCACAAUUUCGGGUUAUUGGAAAGCGACAGGCAAAGAUCGGACGGUUGUAGAUCCGAAAACUCGUUCGAUCGUAGGGAUGAGAAAAACUCUAGUUUUCUACAUGAAUAGAGCUCCUAAUGGAAUUAAAACUGGUUGGAUCAUGCAUGAAUUUCGCCUCGAAAAUCCACAUAUACCCCCUAAGGAAGAUUGGGUGUUAUGUCGAGUAUUUUACAAAGCUAAAGUCGAGAAUAAUAACAAUAACAACAACAAUAACACAUUCAGUAACACGCAAAAUAUGUAUGAGGUUGGUGUCAACACUUCUCCUAAUAUAGAUCAAUCUCAUAUUGCUUUGCCUUACGCCGCGAUAUCCCAAAGCCAGAAGUUGUUUGAUUUAUUGGAACCAAAUAAUAAUCAAAGUAGCUAUCUUCAAUUAAUGUCACAAGAAAUGAAGGAACCUCAAUCGAACGAUGAAAUGGUUGAGAAUGAUGAGUAUGGGUUCUUGUUGGACAUGAAUUUCGAAGAUCCAAAUAUACAAGAUGGAUCGAGGAGUGCAUUCGAACAUUGGGGCCAUGUGAUUUGAUGAUGAAAAAUAUAUAUCUUGGUUUUUAUUUGAAGCGUUAAUGAUUAUUGUUAUUAUUUAAAAGUAGGAAAAGAGAAUUAGUUUAAAGAAAAAGAUUUAUGUGUAUUGAGUUUGUGUAGAUGAUGUCUUAAUUAAUUAGUGUUUGCUUGUGGGGGUAAGAUUCUUGAAUGUUUGAUGGGAUGAUUUUUUAUUUUAUUUUUUAUUUUCUUCAUCAGUAGAUAUACAUAUAUAUGUGUAUUAUAGAUUGAUCAGACAUUAGCGUCUAUCAUUGAUAAUUAUUAAUUUGUAUAUUA